ACAAAAACCAUGUCCGAGAAUAUGUUACAAUUUGUGAGAUGGCUUGUGAUUUCAACAACACUGAUGCAGAGUAAUGUAAUUUGUGGAAGAGAAAGCAAUUUCAGAGCAAUUUUCAACUUCGGAGACUCCAAUUCUGACACCGGCGGUCUCUCGGCGGCGUUCGGACAAGCUCCUCCUCCCAACGGAAUCACGUUUUUCCACUCUCCAAAAGGACGAUUAUCCGAUGGCCGCCUCAUAAUCGAUUUUAUAGCGAAGAGCUUGGGCUUGCCUUAUCUCAGUGCUUACUUGGACUCGGUGGGGUCCAAUUUCAGCCACGGAGCGAACUUCGCCACCGCGGGAUCCACCGUCAGACCUCAGAACACAACUAAGUCUCAGAGCGGAUACAGUCCCAUUUCCCUAGAUGUGCAGUUCGUGCAAUUCUCCGAUUUCAAAACCAGAUCCAAAUUGGUUCGCCAACAAGGAGGGGUGUUUAAGGAGUUAUUGCCCAAGGAGGAGUAUUUUUCUGAGGCUCUAUAUACCUUUGAUAUUGGCCAAAAUGAUAUCACAGCUGGCUACAAACUCAACUUGACCACAGAACAAGUCAAGGCCUAUAUUCCUGAUGUAUUGGGCCAGUUCACCAGAGUUAUAAAGGGUGUGUAUGAGGAAGGUGGGAGGUCGUUUUGGAUACACAACACAGGCCCGUUGGGAUGCUUGCCAUACAUGCUGGAUCGCUAUCCCAUGAGCCCAGCCCAAAUGGACGAGUUUGGGUGUGCCAAACCAUUCAAUGAGGUGGCCCAAUAUUUUAAUAAAAGAUUAAAAGAAACUGUUGGGAAACUGAGGGAAGAAUUGCCAGAGGCUAAAAUCACCUAUGUUGAUGUGUAUAGGGUGAAGUACACCCUCAUCAGCCAUGCUAAAAAAUAUGGUUUUGAGAAGGGGGUGAUAGCAUGCUGUGGACAUGGUGGGAAAUACAACUUCAAUAAUAGAGAGAGAUGUGGAGCAAGCAAGAGAAAGAAUGGGAGAGAGGUUGUGAUAGCCAAAUCUUGCAAAGAUCCAAGUGUGAGGAUCAUUUGGGAUGGAAUCCAUUACACCGAAGCUGCUAAUAAUUGGAUCUUUCUGCAGAUAGUCAAUGGCUCAUUUUCAGAUCCACCUACAUCAUUAGGAGUUACAAAUUCACGUUCUUGGAAGACUGAAUUUUGAUCUCUGUGCCUCAACUACCAGGUUUUACCAAGUGUUUGAUGAAUCGUGUUCACAAAGUUUAUUCAUCAUUCAUUGAUAUAUAUUUUUUACCAGAGUUUAACAUGUUAAUUAUGAUUGAGUUAGAGCCCUGCAAAAUAUUCUUGAUUCUUGAUUCAAAUCUAUUAAAAGACUGCAAAACUAAGCACAUCUA